AUGGACCCCUUUGCCCAGGACGAUGAUUACGACAGCCGUAAACGGCCGUAUAAUACAGUUUACGAUGAUGGAUAUUGUAGUAUACGUCAGAAUACGAUGACAUCUACCGUGGAGAAGGAUUACGACGUCGUAUUUUGUCUGGAAUGGGAGCGACCGUUUACGAUGGGAUAUGUCAAAAUACGACCAAAAAUAAUUCAAUUUGUUAAUAUUUUUGGUGUGAAACAAACAAGGGGUGACAUACCAAAGAAUUAUUGGACACUGAAUUGGAAUAUGGUUGAUUAUUUACACAUAUUACACACAUCUGAAUGGGCUAACAGUAUUCAAUAUGUUCAAACAAAUAUUGAACAAAAUUUUAAGACUAGGAGGACUGAUUGGUUAAACAAAUACAAAGUGAAUAUCGAUUUUAAUAUUGAAAGUCUCAGUAUCCGCUCAAACCUGCGUACACCACCAGAGACAGCAAGAACAACAUCCAUAUCAUUUAUACAGCUACCAGGCACAAUCAACAGCAACCGAAUUGGUCUAAUAAUGUGCGCAACAUCCACAGGUACACAAAACGCAUCAUCGUCAAUAUUAUCUCAAAUUGAUUCAUUAGUCGAACAUUUCCAAAUUCUACCUGGAAAACAACAGCUUCGAAACAUGCUCAAAGUUCAUCAUCGGUUGUUCGACACUUGA